UAAAAAAGUUAAAAAAUGAUAUUGAAUUGAUUACGUUAGUUGGAGGAAAAAGGAAGAUAAUUGAAUGGUUUAAACAAAUUUCAUCGUCUAUUCACAAAAGCUAUUCAAUAAUAAAAUUUAAAUGGUUGUUCGUUUUCCAUAAUAUAGAUGACUUGAAAGAUAACUUUAAUAUACUGCCCAUUAAUGAUAUUAUUAAUAUAGCUGUUACUGGAUUGAAUUCAACCGAUAUUUAUACUUUGGCAUUUGAUAAGAAUAAUUACAGAUAUUGGUGUAGAGUAAAUAGAACUGAAGAAGCCAUUUUGAAUCCUUUUAAUUUAUAUCCAAAUCUCAAUUAUGGUUUUAAUAGAAUGAAAUUAAAAAUAUUAACUAAUCUAUGGUCACCUUUUUCCGAAAUGAAUGAAGAUGGACAAUUCAUUGGAAUAGCUAUUGACCUACUUAAACAUGUUGCUAAAGAUUUGAAUUUCACAUAUGACCUAUUUCUACCAAGAGAUGGAAAAUGGGGUAGUGUCUCUUCAAACGGAACAUGGAAUGGUAUGAUAAGAGAUUUACUCGAUAAACAAGCUGAUGCGUCUUUUGCACCGUUCACUGUUGUUAAAAGUAGAGCUGAAGCUGUCGAUUUUACGACAUCGUAUUAUUUUUUUCGUCCAGCAAUAUCUUACAAGAACCAUCUAACAGAUUCGAAAACUGCUAGAAAACUUCUCUUCUUAAAGCCUUUUUCGUCUUUGUUAUGGGUUCUUCUAGGUUUAGUAACGCUUUUGGUUGGAUUUGUUUUAAGAUUUUUUGAAAGACCGGCUAAUAAGUUCAUAUACAGCGUUGAGCAUUUAUUUAUAUUUGGAAGUUUGAUAAAUCAAGGAGGAAGUAUUACUGUCAACAGAGGAGCUAGUAGAUUAUUUUUAUCUGCUUGGUGGGUGUUUGUUAUAACAAUUGUGGCUACAUAUAGUGGGAAUAUUAUUGCUAAUCUCGCUAUUCGCCGUGUAUCAUAUCCGUUUAAUUCUUUGGAGGAGCUCGCCGAAAACAACGAGUAUAGAUUAGUUCUACUAGAGGGCGCUGCUUAUGAAUUAAUUUUUAAAGAAUCGAAUAGUACAAUUUAUAAAAAAUUAUGGAAGCAACUUCAGGAAGAUGCAAAAGAGACACCGGAUAUGUUUACGUCAGAUUACGAUGCAUUAACAAGAUUGGUAAAGAAGGUUUGCUGUUGAAUGCAUUGCAAAACUGCUAAUAACAAUUGUAAUGUUAACAAUUUAGGGUGGUUACGCGUUCUUAGACGAUGGUUUUGAGACUAAAGCUCUAAAACAUAGAGAUUUGACUUUUAUAACAAUUGGAAUAACAUUCUCCACCUAUGCCAUUGCAGUACAGCCAGGAUCGUAUUAUCAAUAUAUCAUAUCAGAGUCCAUUCUCAAGGCUCUCGAAAAUGGAUUGAUAAAUUUAUGGGAAAGGAGAAUAUUUCGAGAACAUCACUAUUUAUCCGAGUCAUCAACAGGAUUUCAUUCGUAUAUACGUAAAAUAGUCUUAUUUGAUAUCGUUGAAGUAUUUUACGUUCUCUUCUUCGGUCUUUUCGUAUCGAGUGUUGUUUUAUUCUAUGAAAGAUAUUUUCAUCAUUUAAAAUAUUUUUUCACAAAGAAAUUCUGUAAUCUUUUCAAUAGAAAUGCAAAAAUUCAAUACUGAAAUAAUAAAAUUA